AUGGCUAAGAUCAAGAGUAUUACCUUGCUUUUCAGCUGCGCUAUGCUUCUAUCUGGAGCGCAGCCGCUUGCCGCCACACCGAAAUAUUUCAUUACAUUCGGAGACUCCUAUUCCCAGACCGGUUUCGACAUCAACGGCACCAAACCAAACGAUGCAAAUCCGCUAGGCAACCCUAUUCUUCCCGGAUGGACAACAAGCGGAGGGCUCAACUGGCUCGGAUUUCUCGUCAGCCAGUCAAAUGCGAGUACUAUAUAUUCUUACAAUCUAGCGAGCGGAGGUGCCACGACUGAUGCGGAGCUGGUCGCUCCCUGGUCCCCCGAAGUUCUCAGUUUCAUCGACCAGACUUCCUUGUUCUCGCAAACCUUGGCCCCAAAGCCCACAUGGGCACCUUGGAGCGCAGAAAACACUCUUGCUGGCGUUUGGAUGGGUGUCAACGAUGUUGGAAAUACCUUUUGGCUAGAGGACAGAGAGGCACUCAUAGCCAAGGUGCUGGGACGAUACUUUGAGCAGCUGCAGAUUCUUUAUGAUUCUGGAGUCCGAAACUUUCUUCUAUUGGGUGUUCCCCGCUUCUCCGCCCCAAAGAGUCCUUCUCGAGGGCAGGAAAUGUUCCAGCUGUCCGGUCCUGCUAACUUAUUGGCAGCAACUGAGAAGUCACCGCUUAUGCUUGAGAACGGCGAAGAUUCGAACAAGAUGCUUGCCGCCACCAUCGAGCAAUACAAUGGCCUUAUCAGCUCGAGUAUGGAAGCAUUCAAGACAAAGAAUUCCGGUAUAACAUCCUGGAUUGUUGACACGGCUCCUGCUUUCAAUGAGGCUAUCAAUAAUCCAACCCGCUACGGGGCGCCGGACGCCACUUGCUUCAAUGGAGAUGGUACGAGUUGCCUUUGGUUCAAUAACUACCACCCUGCUAUCGCAAUUCACAAGCUUGUGGCGGCCGAGGUUGCUGAGGCGGUUGGCCUGCCUUGGUUCUCAUGA